AUGAAAGAACUUGUUACCAACACAGAUCCCAACCGCUCCAGAAAAGAGUUUUAUCAAGAGCUCUUGGAACAAAUCCAAUGUAUCUGUGAAAAUCAGUCAUUUUGGGUAACCAACCUUUCCAAUGCUUCUGCUGUCAUUUACCAUGCUUUGAUAUCGCUCGAGCAUUUCCAAAUUAAACCCAUUAACUGGUGUGGUUUCUAUAUUACCGACCCUAAAAAUGAUGAAUUAUUAAUUCUCGGUCCUUUCCAAGGAAAGGUUGCCUGUACAGCUAUUCCAUUUGGUAAAGGCGUUUGUGGUGCUGCUGCUGCCACCAAACAAUCCCAAUUAGUCCGUGAUGUCCAUGAAUUUCCUGGCCACAUUGCUUGUGAUUCAGCCUCAAACUCUGAAGUUGUCAUCCCACUGAUCAAAGAAAACCGUGUCUUGGGUGUUUUGGACAUUGAUUGUGAAAAAGUCGAGGGCUUUACUGAGGAGGACAAGGAAGGACUGCAAGCAAUUGCCGCUGCCAUUGUCGAAAGCUGUGAAUGGCCUUAA